AUGAAAAAUCUGACCAACUAUGAAGACUUAGAGGAUGAUGGGUAUGGUUCAGAAAGGUUUUUGGUGGGUAAAUUGGGGGAAAUGGAUGAAUCGAAGAAAUCUCUCAAGUCUCAGCAAAGGAGAACAGCCCCAAAUUCUUCACCAAAUCGUCUCUAUCCCUCAUUCUCUUAUCCUUCAAUCAUACCAAUAUCAAUGGCGUCUUCUUCAACUUCAUCCAUUCACAAGAGCUUUACAUAUGAUGUACUUUUGAGUUUUGGAGGCAAAGACAACCGUACGAACUUCAUUGAUCAUCUUUAUCAUGCUCUUCUGGACAGAAACAUUCGCACUUACAAGGACGAUGAGGAAAUCAAUAAAGGGAAUAGAAUCAAUGAUGAGCUCAUGGAAUCCAUUGAAGCCUCAAAAUACUUCAUCAUUGUUUUCUCAAAGAACUACGCCUCUUCAUCUUGGUGCUUAGAUGAGCUUGUGAAAAUAAUGGAUUGUCACAAGACAACCAAGCAUACUGCUUACCCUGUCUUCUAUGAUGUGGAACCCACCAAAGUCCGAAAACAGAGCAGGGAAGUUGGAGAAGCCUUUGCCAGACACGAAAAGGAAGAGGCUGUUGGGAAAUGGAGAAAGGCUCUCAAAGAAGCAGCUGAUCUGGCAGGGUGGGAGUUGAAAAACACUGCUGGCGGGCAUGAAGCUAAAUGCAUCCGACAAAUUGUUGAAAAGGUUUCACUAGAGUUACGUUCCAUUAAUGUUCACAUUGAUAAAAACUUAGUUGGGAUGGAGAUCCGGGUCAACGAUAUUUUAUCAUCUUUGGAAACUGCUUCUGAUGAUGUACGCAUGAUUGGGAUCAAGGGGAUAGGAGGUGGUGGGAAGACGACUUUGGCCAGAGCUGUUUUUAAUAAAAUAUCUUAUCAGUUCGAAGGCAAAAGUUUUGUUGACAAAGUGAGGGAAGCUUCGAAUGCUUCUUCAUCCGGUUUGAAGCUGUUGCAAAGUCAAAUCCUUUCAAAUGUAUUGAAUAAUCAUGGCAUCAAUGUAGGUAGUGUUUCAGAGGGGAAAAACAUGAUGUCUUGGAUGAUAGGUGGUAGAAAGAGUCUUAUUGUUCUAGAUGAUGUGGACCAUGUAGAGCAACUUGAAGCUUUAGCUGGUGACCCUAGUUGGUUUAAGCCUGGAAGUAUAAUUAUCAUUACGACAAGAGAUGAACAUGUUCUAAUAGCACAUGGAGUGAAAUUGAUUCAUAAUGUCAAUUUGUUAUCAGAGGAGGAAGCGAUUUGGCUCUUUAGUAGGCAUGCAUUCGGGAAAGAGAUUCCAAUUGAAGGGUAUGAAGAACUAUCAAGACAAGUUGUAUGUUAUGCUGCUGGUCUUCCCUUAACAAUCAAAGUUUUGGGUUCGUUUCUCUGUGGUAAAAAUAAGCUUGAAUGGAAAGAAGCCCUAGCCAGACUAGAAACAAUUCCUUUAAAGGAAACUCAGAAGGUGUUGGAAUUAAGUUAUACCGGUCUAGACGAUGAUUACAAGGAAAUAUUUCUAGAUGUUGCAACCAUUCUGAAAGGUUGGUCGAAACACUCAACAAUCGAAGCACUUGAAAGCUGUGGAUUUCAUCCUAGAAUUGGUUUAAGAGUUCUUGAGCAAAAGUCUCUUAUAACUAUUGGUAACGAUGAAUGUGUGGGCAUGCAUGACCAUUUUGAAGAAUUGGGCAGGAAUAUUGUUCGUCGUUUGCACCCUGAUAUGCCUAACAAACAUAGCCGAUUGUGGGAUAGAAAGGAAAUUGAAGAUAUAUUGGCUAAUGACAUGGGUACUGAAGCAACAAGAUGUAUACGAUUCUACCGUGGGAGACUCAAUCAGGAAAUCUUUAUGAAAGGUCUUAGAAAGAUGAAAGAACUUCAGUUUCUUGAUGCGGAGGCUCUCGAAUUGAAUCAAGGAAUUAAUAAACUCAUCCCAAACUUUCUAGAUGCUUUAGCAUUUCUGUGUUGUAGUUGGAAAUUUGAUGAAGUCAGCCCAUACUUUCCAGAUGCUUUACGAUAUCUGCGUUGGAACAGGUAUCCUUUUAGAUCUUUACCCGGGACAUUUCAAGCAAAUAAUCUUGUUGCACUUCAGUUGGAUUUCAGCAAUAUUGUACAACUUUGGGAAGGGGGAGAAAGAAAGGUUCUUAACAAGCUCAGAUUCCUUCAACUCAGUGGACCAGAGUUGAGGACCUUUGACCUUGGGUUAACUCCAAAUCUUGAGAAAUUGACACUUGGAGGACACGGUGAUUUGGUAGAACUGUGCAUGCCGGAUGAAUGCUCAAAGCUCAGAUUCCUCAAACUUUAUGGUUCAAAGUUGACGACACUUAACCUCGGGCUAACUCCAAAUCUUGAGGAGUUAGAUCUUAACAUUGAUUUAGUAGAACUUUACAUGCCCUUAGAAUGUUCAAAACUCAGAUCCCUUGAAAUUCGUAGUUCAAAGUUGAGGACUCUUGACCUUGGGCUGAUUCCAAACCUUGAGAAGUUAGAUCUAAACAGUGAUUUGGUAGAACUUUACAUGUCAGUUGAAUGUUCAAAGCUCAGAUCCCUCAAAUUCACAGGUUCAAAGUUGACAACGCUUGACCUUGGGUUGACUCCAAAUCUUGAGAAAUUGAGGCUUAGAGGACAUGGUGAUUUGGUAGAACUUUAUAUGCCUGCUGAAUGUCUAAACCUCAGAUCUGUCAAACUUUAUGGUUCGAAGUUGAGGACACUUGACCUCAGGAUGACUCCAAUUCUUGAGAAGUUAGAUCUUAACAGUGAUUUAGUAGAACUUUAUAUGCCUGUUGAAUGUUCAAAUCUCAGAUCCCUCCAACUCGAGGGUUCAAAUAUAAGGAUGCUAGACCUUGGACUGACUCCAAGUCUUGAGAAGUUAGAUCUUAACAAAUGCUAUAAUUUGGGAGAAAUUCAUGUGCCCAAUGAAUGUCUAAAGCUCAAAGACCUCAAACUUUCUGGUUCAAAGUUGAGGACCCUUGACCUGGGACAUGCUCCGAAUCUUGAGAAGUUGUCUCUUCUUAGCUGUGACAAUUUGGUAGAACUUCACACGUCCCAAAGGUGUCUAAAUUUCAAGUACAUAUAUCUCCAUAGUAUAAAUUUGCGGACCCUUGACAUUGGGAUGACUCUGAAUCUCAACAGUUUAGAACUUACGAGGUGUAAUUAUUUGGAGGAAUUUCACAUGCCCUGUAGUUCUCUAAAUCUCACUUACCUACGAGUAAUUGAGUCAAAUUUAAGGACCCUUGACAUUGGGUUGACUCCUUAUCUCAACUGGUUAGAACUUAUAAACUGUCAUUAUUUGGAAGAAUUUCACAUAACAGAUGAAUGUCAAAACCUCAAAUAUCUUGUCGUUCAUCGUUCAAAGUUGAGGACCCUUGACCUUGGUCUGACUCCAAAUCUUAGGAAGUUAGUAUUUAAAGAAUGUUACAAUUUGGUGGAGAUUCACGCUCCCAUUGGAUACCUAGAAAAUGUUUUCUACAUUGACUUGAGUGGCUGUUUCGGGUUUAGAUCUUUUGUGUUUCACAAAAAGGAUAAUAGUAGUGCUAAAUUGAGUGACUCAGUUGAGGUUCGGCCUUUAACCGAGUUACAUUUCACCUUAGAAAGAUGCCCAUUUCACCCCGACAAAGAUCUGCCAAAGUUUGAGUCUACAUGUAUUCAUAAAGAAGAUCUACCCUCAUUGACUAGAUCUCUUGAGAAGCUUUUUUCUCAAGGUUUGUGUGCUUGCACAAAACUUGAGACGAUUUUAAGAAGCAUCCCUAAAGCAUUUGUAUCUUGA